CGAAAACGCAAUACCGGUCUGUGAUGUCUCCGCUCUAGACGAAAUUGUUGCAAUUAAGGUGGGAAGUUUGCGCGAAAUCCUGUGUGGAAACGUUGAUAACUAAUGGCCGAGCGUCUCGCACGAGGCAAUUAACCAUCGAGCAAAAAUUCUCGGCGAGCACCGAGAAGAGAAGGCGUACCUUUUUCUCCUAAUUAACGGUGGUAUAUGUUCCCGUAUAUUGGUUAAUUGGACGAGAUCAAUUACACGUUGACCAAUUAGUCCGGAACGGGGGCAGGUCUACGUGUAUCGGAGAGUGAGAGAGGGAGGGAGGGAGAGAGAGAGAGGCUGGCUCGGUUUUCGAAGUUUUCCAAGCGCGGUGAAAUUCAUGGUGUCGCCGUGCGGUACAAGUUUCGAAUAUAGGAAACAAGUGUCCAUCCGGUGCGCGCGAUUCAAAUCAGAUCAUGAAAGCGGGGGAUGAUGAAUUUGGAAGAGGAAGGGCCGGCCUGUAUCGCCCGUACCAGAUGCUGUGUUUCCGCUGUCGAACACGCGGUCCUGUCAAAAAUAUAUGCCGAAAAUCCGUGACUCGGUUUUUUUCCUCCGCUGGACCAAACCUCUGCUCUGUUUUUUGUUUCUUUUUUCUUUUUUCUUUUUUUUCAUAUCUAUUUCGUAAUCGAUCUGUUCGAUAUUCGACCACGUAAAGUUAAUCCUUCGUCCAUCCAUAUAUAUAUAUAUAUAUAUAUUGCGCGGUGACCAGAGGUGAUAUUAAUCUCCCUUGCGAUUUUCAAUUCAUCGCUACGAUGGCAAAAGUGUCGAUAAAUCGCAAUCGAGCGAAAGAAACGAUGUAAAAUGCGUCGAUGAUAAUUUUCUCCCUUCCGAAAGAGAAGAAAAGAGCGAAUUCUUAUCAUCACACCCUUCCAAUUCCCUUUGAAACGUAAUCGUGGAUGUGCUCGUCGAGGAAAAAGAAGCUCGGGAAAAGAGAGGAAAAAGAAACGAAGAGAAAGAAAGAAAGAAAGAAAGAAAAAAAAGAGAAAGAGAAAGAAAGAAAUCCGAUCUCCGUAUUCUCAUCUCCCCCUCUGUAUUUGUAAACAACAGUUCAUCGAACGUGGUGGUGCUGCAAGCACGGGAUAUCGUAUUCGCCGCUCGAGCGGAAUAGCGCAUCUCGCGGGCUCGAUCCGCGGUCUCGAGGGAGAUGGGUAGGACGAGUCUAGGGCCCCAGCCAUUUUUCCAUGCAGCAUCCACGAGCAACGGUCCAGGCGGAGGGGGAGGGGAGGGAGGAGGGGAGGAGGGGAGAGCGGUGCCCCCCUCCACUUUGGCCGACCCCCGUUGCCCGACCGACCAGACAUCCUGGACCCCGGCUCACGGGCUCGUGUGUGCCGCCUUCCACCUAACUGGCGUUCCACAGAGUGGCCAGGUGAGGCAGGCCACCUCGAGUUAUCUCGAAGACACCUUAGAAGAGAUAGGGCCUCAGCCACGGAGGUGGGUUCCAGGCAACAAUGACGCCCAGUUGAACUCGGCGAGUCGCCACGCUCUUCGUGCUCCUGCGAACGCGGGCCCGGCUCGGUGUCACCUCGUCCGUUCUUCUCUUCUCCACCGAAACUUGCCGAACGUUAAUACGAAACGCACCGACAGGUGCUUCUCACGGUGAAGUUAUCCAACUGCUGCGUACUCUCCGCUCUCGGGGAGACAGAGAGAGAAAGAGAGAAAGAGAGAAAGAGAGAGAGAGAGGGAGGCGAGAGAGAAAGAGGGAGAGGGGGAGAGAGAGAGAGAGAGAGGAUCUUGGAACAAGAGGCGGGAGAAGGAGAAGGAGAGAGUCUCGAGGAGAAAAAGAGAGAGAGAAAGAGAGAGAGAGAGAGAGGAAAGGGAACGACGCUUUUCGAGCAGAGCGAGCGUUUCUCGAAAUUUCUCGAGGAAAAUUUCCGUUUCCCCUCUCCUCCCCCGAUACUACAGUUGACGUUCUCGUCCCUGGAUCGAAAGGGGAAAAAGAAAAGAAGAAAAAAAAAUAACGCUUUGAUUUUUUCGAUUCUUCGACUCGAGAUCCGUUAGUGAACCCCGUGAUACGUGGAUUUUUUUUUUUCUUCUUUCCCUCGUGCGCGCGUUCCACAGUGAAUAAUAAAUAACGGAUGUAACGAUAUAUCGUGGAGGAGGCGCUAUGUGAUCCGUCCAGUUCUCUCGUCCAGUGUUACUCUGUUUAUCCGUUUGUGACAGUUUGGGGAGGGGGGGUGGGUGGGGGGAGAGGGAGGGAAGAGGUGAAAAAACGGAAGGAAAAUGUGCGAGUGCGGUGACGAGUGUGCCGAGGACACGAUGAACUGGCAAUUGGUCAGACGUCAGGCGGGUGAUCUGUGAAAAUCGUGAAGAUCGUCCCGUGUUUGUCGCCCGUUGAUCCAUCGUGCGUUGGACGUGGUGCGAGGAAAGAAAGAGAAGGGAAGAGGAGAGAAGAGAAGAGAAGAGAAGAGAAGAAAAGAGAAGAGAGAAAGAGAGAGAGAAAGAAAGGGAGGGGGGAAGAAAGAUAAGGUGCGACAGAGUCGAAUUUAGGUGAAGAAAAUUCUAGCCGAUAACGAGCCUCGACCACCUGAGAUGGCCACCCUGGGCCUCUCCAAGGUCUUCAUACUGGACAAGUACUUUACGGAGCUGCAAAAGUUCUGGGAGACCGAGAAGAAACUUCAAGAUGCCUCGUCCUCGAACGAAGCCGUGCACCUCCAGCAGCGUCUCAGGAGCCUGAGCACGGAACUGGUGACCCUGAGGAACCGGCUGCACGUGAACCAGCCGCCGAACAAUUCAGGGCCGAACAGCGCCGCCUCCGCGCCCCUGUCCAAGAGCCCGGAAAAGGGCGGGGUACCGUCGUCCCCCGCGCCCGCCGUCCCGCCGAGGACCACGUUGCCGAUCUCGGGUACACUGCCGCACACCCUCGGCCAUCCUUCGGGGCACACGUUGACGGCGUCCGCCAUCGUUCAUCCGCACGUCAAUCACGCCGUCACCGCGAACACGCUCGGCCACAACUCGACCGCUGCUAAUAAUUUAAUAUCCGACUUGGAUCCACCGAAGCGGCACAAUGGGAUCCCGGACGACGGUAUAGUGUCGUGCGUGACGGCGCUGGGCUGCCUGCGCUCGCCGCCGAUCUCCAGCAUCAUCGCCGACGUGAAAAACGCGAAGAGCAACCAGGGUCAGCAUCGAUGUCUCCCGAAAGGUGCCGCGGCUUCUCCCGGGCCUGCCACUUCCACGGCCUUGGACGACCUCAUUCAUCUACCUGGACCCCUGACGGAGGACGCGGUGCUCAAAUGUCUGCAAGCUCGAUUCUGCGCCAAACAGUACCACACAAACGUGGGCCCCAUACUGGUCUGUAUCAAUCCAUAUACGGACGUCGGGAAUCCAUUGACCUUAACGAGCACCAGGGCCGUACCUUUGGCGCCCCAGCUGAACAAAGUCGUUCAGGAGGCCGUGAGACAGCAGUCGGAAACUGGAUACCCGCAGGCCAUCAUUCUUUCCGGAACGAGCGGUUCCGGGAAGACGUACGCCUCCAUGUUGCUACUAAGGCAACUGUUCGACGUGGCGGGAGGUGGUCCUGAAACGGAUGCUUUUAAACAUUUGGCGGCGGCGUUCACGGUUCUGAGGUCUCUGGGAUCCGCAAAGACUGCCACCAAUUCAGAAAGUUCUAGAAUAGGUCAUUUUAUCGAGGUCCAAGUGACGGACGGCGCCUUGUACAGAACGAAGAUACAUUGUUACUUUCUGGACCAGACUCGAGUGAUCAGGCCCCUACCCGACGAGAAGAAUUAUCACAUAUUUUACCAAAUGUUGGCCGGCCUGUCGCACGAGGAACGAGUCAAACUUAACUUGGAGGGUUACAACCUGAAGAACCUUAGGUAUCUGCAGCACGGGGAUACCAGGCAGGACGAGGCUGAGGACGCGAUCAGGUUUCAAGCGUGGAAAGCUUGCUUGGGUGUGCUGGGUAUACCCUUUCUGGACGUGGUCCGAGUACUUGCGGCGGUGUUGAUCCUCGGCAACGUCGGUUUCACGGAUCGUCCUGGCGUGGAGGUGGGGGUGAUCGGCGAGAACGAGUUGGCGUCGGUCGCGGCCCUCCUGGGAGUGCCGCCCCCAGCGUUGCUCAGAGGGCUCACCUCGAGGACCCACAACGCCCGCGGCCAAUUGGUGAAGUCGGUCUGCGACGCGAACAUGUCUAACAUGACCAGGGAUUCGUUGGCCAAGGCUCUUUACUGCCGCACCGUUGCCACGAUCGUGAGGAGGGCCAACAGCUUGAAGAGAUUAGGCUCCACCCUCGGCACCUUGUCGUCCGACUCCAACGAGUCUGUUCAUAACCAGGCCGAGCUGACCAGUCAACACGCGUCCACUAUUGGCAGCUCUGCGGGUGGUACCGGUUCCAGAAGCAUGACCGCGUUGAACAACGCGGUACGACACGCGACGGACGGGUUCAUCGGGAUCCUGGACAUGUUCGGUUUCGAGGACCCGAAGCCGAGCCAGCUGGAGCAUCUGUGCAUCAACCUUUGCGCGGAGACGAUGCAACACUUCUACAACACGCAUAUAUUCAAGAGUUCGAUCGAGAGUUGCCGGGACGAGGGCAUCCGGUGCGACGUGGAGGUCGACUACGUCGACAACGUGCCCUGUAUCGAUCUCAUCUCGUCCCUGAGGACCGGAUUGUUGAGCAUGCUGGACGUGGAAUGCUCGAUACGAGGCACGGCUGAGAGCUACGUGGCGAAAGUGAAGGUUCAGCACAAGCAGAAUCCGCGAUUGUUCGAGCCGAGGACCGUCGAUUGCAGGUCUUUCGGGAUUCAACAUUUCGCUGGCAGGGUCACCUACGACGCUUCCGAUUUCUUGGAUACCAACAAGGACGUGGUCCCGGAUGACCUGGUGGCCGUGUUCUACAAGCACACGUGCAGCUUCGGUUUCGCUACCCAUUUGUUCGGCAGCGAGUUGAAAGCCCUGUACGCGAGCGACACGGUGCCAAGAGGUGUCAGCUUCAGGAUAUCGCCUACCUCGCACACAGACCUGUUGAACGGGGACGAGCCGAUCUCGACGUUGACGCAGGACUUCCACACGAGGCUGGACAAUCUGCUGAGGACCCUGGUCCACGCGAGGCCCCACUUUGUCAGGUGCAUCAGGAGCAACGGCACAGAGACGCCCCUUCACUUGGACAGAGGCGUGACCAUGCGUCAGAUACGAUCCCUCCAGGUCCUCGAGACGGUGAACCUAAUGGCCGGCGGAUAUCCCCAUCGGAUGCGUUUCAAGGCGUUCAACGCGAGGUACAGGCUUAUCGCGCCGUUCAAGCAAUUGCGACGCGCCGAGGAGCAAGCGGUGGAGGACACCAAGCUCAUCUUGCAGAACGCGCAGCAGCUGAAGAGCAAAUUCGGCGCGAGCACCAGCUGGGCGCUCGGCAAGAGGCACAUCUUCCUUAGCGAGGGCAUUAGGCAACAGCUCGAGAACCUGCGCUCCGAAACGCGGAGGAAAGCCGCCACCGUGAUACAGGCAACGUGGAGAGGAUGGCGAGUGCGAAGAAGAUGGCCUCUCAGGAAGACGACGAUAGGGGUGACAUCCGGUAUAGGGCAGAAGAAAUCUCAACAACCUACUUCGACGACCACGGGCACCGUGCAGAGGAACGUGACGGUGGCCACGGGUACCGGAACCGGAACACGGCCGAGGCCUCAGCCGAUCGCCGGCACUCCACCGCCCGAUCCAUCCGAGAAGUGCGCUGACCAGAAGAUGAUCCAGCAAACGUGCACUCUGUUCGGAUUGGAUUUGGAACGGCCGCCUCCGCUUCCGCCAAGCAGAUCCUACACCGUGACUGGAAACACGAAGUUGGGCUAUCCGCAGACCAGGAUCAUGAAGAUGCCAUUUCCAGAAGAGGGUGAAGGGGAGGUGGUCCUGCUGAAGGGUGAAACGGUUCUGGUCGUGGGGGCGUCUCCCAGGCGAGGUCACCUGCUGGUGGAGCACAACAACACCACGCUGCACGUGCCCUAUCAGUUCAUGGAGCUGAAACCGUGUAAUAUUAACAUCUGAAACGCGUUAUUUAUUUCCGUCCCUUAUUUUUGUCACUCGUACGACGCCGUGUUUAAACCUCCAUCGUUAUUUUCUUCUCAUUUCUUUUUUUUUUUUUACAUAAUAACGCGAGCAACACUCGACUUCGUUAAAUUUGUUCUCAAUCAAAAGAUGGUCGAUUCGCAGAAGAUUGGUGGAUAAGUGGAAAUUUUUAUUCAUUAGAUAUUUAUAAAAUAGAGAGAGAGAGAGAGAGAGAGAGUGUUGUUUCGUUGGGAUUAGAAAAUGGACAGAGGAUUUCACGGAAAUGAAGGUAGAAAAUUACAGGAUGUAACGAUGCAUGGUUUUUAAUUUAAAAGAAAGAUUCGAAUGGAAUCUCCGUUUCCACCCGCGAUUCCAUCCUUUCCCCUUUGUUAUAUUCCUACCAACGGGUUAAUCCGCAAUUAUGCUGACAUUCUAUCUUCCCUGAUAUAUCCUUUUCCCCCGGCUUCUUUCGAGAUCUUUUCCCCCUCCCCAACUUUUUCACUUCGAGAUAAAAAUAACCCGCAGAUGGAAAACAAACGUGUAUCCACACCCACUGUAAACGUUAUUACUCGAUGAACUUCCGGAUACAAUUUCAUUCCUACGCUCUUCGACUUCCAAUUAACUUGUCACAAUCAUCCUCUGUUCUUUUCUUUUUUCCUCCUUUUCUUUUUUCUUCUUUUUCAUCCCCUUCCUCCAAGGGAUCGAUAAUCCUUCCCGUUUGUCGUUCCACGAAUUCCACCUUCUUUUUCAUCGCGAAGGAGAAAAAGAAGAAGAAGAAGAAGAAGAAAAAACAAAAAAAAAUCCUCUCCACCAUGGAUGAAAAUUGCAGUUUAAUUAAUAUCGAAUGAAAAGGUCGGAGGAGAAGGAGGAGGAGGAAAAACAAAGCGGAAAAUAAUAUCGUAUCCAAUUGCAAGAGUUGCGUUUACGAUCGGUUGCAGUUCGAUGCAGCGGAGAGAUUAGAAUUUAGAAUCGCGGCAAGGACAGUGAACUUUGUCCUUUAAUUAAUUACGUUGCGAGUUUCACGCGGUGCUUAUCGUUCGCUCGAGAGCUCGAGAGUCUCGUCUUCCUCGCUCCUUCCGCGUGGGUGGCAGCCAUACCACCCCCCUCCCCUUCCUCGGCGUUCGUCUUCCACGCAAGAUAAGUCCGCCUCCUCCGCGUUUUCGAAUUAGUGAGCAUGUUAGCCCGUUAAACGCCGCCGAGUCUCGCGAUCCAGCCAUAAAACUAGGCUUUACGCAGUUGAUGCAGUGCCGCGUUUGUUCGAUCGUGUAAAGAUAAUGAUGAACACGAUCUGAACCGUGAUGGACCGCGAAUGAUGAAAGAAGGGGAGAAAUUUUCGAUGAAAUUUGUCAACGAUGCGAUUCUUUUUUUUUGUUUUUUCUCGGAAAAACUCCAAGUUUUAACGAAAUGAUGAUAGAUUGAUACGGCGCAAUAUACGAGAGGAAUUUAAGAGGAAGUAAGAGGGACGAAUCGAUGCAUGUAAUAAGUGGUUAGAGGAUUAUUUGCAAAACAGUAUUCCUUCUGUCUGUCUUUGAAUUCUUAGUGCCAAUUUCUAGAGAAGAAGUGAAGUCUGCCAAGUGGAACGUCCAAAUUUUGAUUCUUUUCUUUUUCCCUUUCCUUUUUUCCCCUCUUUUUCUUAAUUAGUGGAAAAAAAGUAACUUGGAUAGAUGGAAGCGAGAUUUGGCCGUUCCACGGUAUAUUUGUAUUAUAUUAAAGAGAUCGACUUCGAUUAAGACAAUAUGCUCGACGAUAUCUAUAAAGAAUAGGUCUAAUCGAACAAGUUACUCUAUCUCAUUAUCGCGAUAAUCAUAACAAUUUCUAACAUUGAAUCGGGAAAGGUAGAUAGAAGAGAGAAAGAGAGAGUGAGUGAGCGAGUGAGUGAGUGAGUGCGCUUUGUAGAUAUAAUACGAAACUCGUUCAGUUAGAAACGAUAAGCGUCCAUUGAGAGGAGGAACAGCGGUGGAGUGAAACUCUGCCGAGUUCAGCGUCUCGAGAAUAUGUACAUACGAGUAUGUAUGCCGAAUGGUACGUAGUUUACAGAUACCGGAGCCUGAUGCAUGCGUAUGGGUAAGCUGUAAGUACGUCGAGAUAUUUUUGAAUAAAAUAUAAGCGUCUUUGAAAAUAACAA